AUGAAUAAUUGGGGGAAGCGAGGCGAUGGACGAACAAUAGUUAUAUCGACUUCAGACAUUACAGAUGCAUAUGAUGAAAUUACAACUUGGAAAAAGAAUGUUUUUCUAGUGCCAUACGGGAAAAUAGGAAGGGAUUUUAUCGAUCAGAUAACGAUGCAUAUAAACGACUGGAAUAGCGGUUCGGAAAAUCAACAUGUUUCCCUAAAAGCUGUUUUUGUACUUCUCGCCGUUGGGCUUCAAAAGCCAAACCCGAAGUCCAAGGCAAGGGACCAUCAAGAUGCCUUGUCAAAGCGACUUGCACUUUGGAAGGACGGUGAGAUCAGUAAGCUAAUACGUGAGGGACGAAUCAUACAAAGUCGUAUUGGAAAAUUUAAAGGAUCAAACCACCCUGAUAAAGCUAAAGUAUUUGCUAAGCUUGUGCUAGAAGGUCAAAUAAACUCCGCCCUUCGCUUCCUGAGUGAAACCUCAAAUGGCGGCGUGUUAACGUUAACUGAUGAUGUAAUGACGCAAUUAAAACAGAAGCAUCCUGAGCCACAACCACCAAAACUAGGAUCGGUAUUAUUUGGUCCGCUUAAUGACGAGAUACCCGAAUCUGUUUACUCUCAGAUCAAUGGUGAGAUCGCUAGACAAGCUGCUUUGAGAACAAAGGGAUCCGGAGGCCCCUCUGGUGUCGAUGCUAACGGCUUUAGAAGAAUGUUGGCAUGUAAGUGCUUUAAGCAAUCAUCUACCCGACUGUACGAAGCUCUAGCCAGAAUGACCAAGACUUUGUGUACACAAUAUAUCGACCCUACCACUAUUGAAGCAUUGAUUGCUAGCCGUUUAAUUCCCCUAGACAAAGGCGAAGGUGCGGUAAGACCUAUCGGAGUAGGAGAGGUAAUCCCCGAGCCGGCGGCGCGAAGCGCCGUGCGAGGGUACUAAUUCCCCCCGGCUAUUUACACCCGGGGAAACGAAAGCAUUAGCCAAGUCUAAAGUUCCUCAAAUAUCGCGGGCGUGACCAACGAACCUUGAGUGGGUGGUCAUCCUCACUGAUCUCAAAAAUAUGGCGGACUGUAAUGGAUAGCGAACACUGAUUGGUCAAAUUUAAAAUUUGUUGUUGUAUGACAAAUGACGACUUCAACUGACAGACACUUCAUGAAAAUAAUUUGCUUUUUACACUACAGUAUUUUGUACGUUUGUAAAAACUUUGACAACUUUCAAGGCAAUUUGUUCAAUAAAAAGUUUAAUAAAACAAUGACGGUAUCAAAUGCCAAAUGAAAAGAUAUGGAGCCAAAUGAAGAGCGGCAAGGAAACGACAAGAAAGCGGAACGUCUAGCGAAAACGAGGAAGCGAAGACGACAACGUUUGCUCGAGGAGACUGCUGAGGAAAGAGAAGCUCGCCUGGGAAAGCGUAGAGAAUCAUUGAAAAAAAAAAGACUGCUGAAGCAAAAGGUAAGCAAAGGCUUGUCUGCACAACGCUAUGUACCAAUGAUAAUGUAGCUAUACAAGUUGAAGUAUGACAUUCAACCCUCUAUAUUCGACUAUUUCUUCACAAUUUUCCAAUAAAGAGUUUGUCAUGACACGCUCAAGUCAGUAUAACCAGACUGUAUUUUAUUUAUAUCAGUUAUCACAGCCACAGGCAAUUUUAUGCUGUCAAAUACCGUCGGUUGCAACUAAGGGUGAACAGUUGCAGAUAAAACAUUCUCUAUUCUCAUUAAAAAGCCUGUAAAAGUUUCCAGUAGAUCUCUAGCCCAACACGUUCAGACCACACAAAGUUCUGUUACUUAUUGUACACAUGGGAAACAACAAUUAAGUGUUGUUGUUGUUGACAAACAUUGAAGAUUCUAAUCACGCGAAUGCUUUUAUGGGCUACUGUUCAUCGUUAGUUUGCAAGCGACAGUUCAACAUACUAUGAACAUUUUUCCAACCGUGACCGAUUGUGCAACGAUAUAUUUUUCAAAGUUGUUAUCAAUUCCUAAAAUUUGUUUAUAGUAAAACGGCCUGCUCAGCACUCACUACUCACGAUGAUUUCAUUUAGAAAUGCAGUUACCAGGAAACGAACUGAUUCUAAAAUAUGUAAAUUUAAAAGCAUUGGCUAACAGAAUAAGGCGAUGUGAAGACCAGGUACAAACUUUUAUAGUUGCUAUUUGUUAUAAAAACCUAUAAAUAAACCAAUGCCAAAUCCAAGUGUGCCCAUCCCCCUCCCCCGGCUACUUUCCUGUAAAGCACAUCCCGGUGGUUGGGCAUUUUCACUCAAACCUUAGCCCCGGCUGGGCAUUUGAAAUUAAUAAUUUGGAUUCUUGCACUUCACUUGUGGAAUUAAUAUUAGAAUGUUAGGGUUUGUAAUCCAAGUGAGAAUAUAUACAUGUAUAUAUUUUGUAAUCCAAGUGAGAAUAUUUUGUAAUCCAAGUGAGAAUAUACAAAUGUAUAGUACAUGUAUAUAUUUGGUGUAUAUAUUUUGUAAUCCAAAUCAGAAUAGUUUGUAAUCAAAGUGAGAAUAUACAAAUGUAUAUAUUCGCACUUGGAUUACAAAACCUAACAUUCUAAUAUUAAUUCCAACAAGUGAAGUGCAAGAAUCCAAAUUAUUGAAGUCCACCUUAUCACAACCCGCACACCCGAUUACCUAAAUAUACAUGAACUUAUGGUUAAGGCUCUACAGCUGGCCUCUAUAGCUCAGUUGGUUAGAGCGCUGCGCACCGGAAUCGCAGGGCCGUAGGUUCAAUUGCUACAAGAGGACCUUGUGCUGCAUUUUGCGCAGUCGUUCCUGGUUAGGUCUUAAAAUGUAUAUAUUCUCACUUGGAUUACAAACCCUAACAUUCUAACAUUUGAAAUUAAGGAUUUGGAGGUUUUGCGAUCACUGAUAACUUGAUAAUAAUAUAAAACAAAACACUUCUAUCUGUAACUUUUACAAUCAGUGAUAACUUGAUAAUAAUUUAAACCAGCCAAGUUGUAGUUUAAAUAGAUAAUAAUACAUGGGUGCACGAAAUACCAGAUUUAUUUCGAGUGUUGAACAUGACUAGUGUGCAGCGAACAAGUGAGCGCAGCGAACGAGUGAGAUCAUGUUCAACCCGAAAAAUAAAUCUGGUAUUUCCAACCACCCAUGUAUUUUUCUGUUUAUUAUAUAAAGGACAGUCUUAAAUGAAAUGCGAUAAUUUUUACACAAAAGCCAUAAUUGAAAAGGCGAUAAUUUUCACAUGUGAGAUUAUCAUGAAUAAUUUCACAUGUGAGAUUAUCAUUUUUAUCAGUGCUCGAAAUCUCUGUAAAACACUAUACUUUAUAUAAUAAAAAUUCAUAAAUUUGAACCAUGCUAUAAAGCAUGACAACAGCAAAAUGCUCUAUAGUAUGAUGCACAAUAUUUUGGGAGGUGAAAUACACGAACAAUAAAUCAGAGAGUGUUUGCUUGGAACUCACUUGGGGGGGGGGGGGGGGGGCAACACCCCUGAUAAUUGCUCAUGAGGAAUUUCAGGUAGAUUUCCAGUGCACUUUUAGGUAAAUUUAAGUAGAUUUGCAGAAGAUUUUCAGGGGAAUUCAGGUAAUUCUCAGGACAUGAGAAAGUGAAUUUGGAAAAGAACUGUAUUUUCGGAAAAAUUAUUAUAUGUCCUAAAAAUUUUUUGUACAUCUGAAAGCAUUUUGGUAGGCGCUAGGUUCACGAGAGUAUCUGGAGGAAUAUGUUAAUGAGAAGGUCUCUAAUUGGGUCAACGAAGUGACAGCAUUAGCCGAAUUUGCACUGUCCCAACCACAAGCGUCCUAUGCCGCAUACACAUUUGGUUGGAAACAUCGUCGGACCUACAUCCUAAGAACCCUGCCAGACAUCCAGGACCUACUAGAGCCACUCGAAAAGCUAUAUCGCAGAUUCUCAUCCCCGCUAUCACAGAUCACCAGUGCAAUCCACUCGAUCGGGACAUUCUAGCGCUUCCAGCACGUCGGGGUGGCCUGGGCUUGGAAAAUCCAAGUCAUGAGGCAGAACGUCAGUAUGUGUUGUCAAAAAGAGUUACAGCACCCCUUGUUGAUCAGAUUGUAGCGCAGUUGCAUCAGCUACCCGACGAGUCCCAUAUAAAAUCCGCGCAACAAGCCGUUAGACAAGAAAGAGUGCAAGAGUGGGAGGAGAGGGCAGAACGUAUUACAGAGAGUGCACCACCAAGAAUUCAGCGUAUAGUAGAUGUGGCUUCGGAAAAAGGAUCACCUGUGCGGCUCACAGCACUUCCCCUAAAAGAACAGGGAUUCAACUUGAAUAAGAGAGAAUUUUGUGACGCCGUAAAGCUGCGCUAUGAUUGGCCAAUCGACGACAUCCCCUCCAAAUGUGUAUGUGGGGAUACCUUCACGGUCGACCAUGCCAUGAUCUGCAAACAUGGAGGCUUUGUAACUAUGCGCCACAAUGAGUUUAGAGAUCUGGAAGCGGAACUCCUCAACAUUGUCUGUAGUGACGUCCAAGUUGAGCCUGUCCUACAAGACAUCUUGGGAGAGCAACUAAAUGGAGGCUCCAACAGAGCACCUGAUGCUAGACUCGACAUUCGUGCGCGUGGGUUCUGGGAAAGUCAACGAUCAACCUUUUUUGAUGUAAGGGUUUGUCAUCCCAAUGCUGAUUCGUACAAGGACCUGGAGCUACGCCAAGUCUACAAGAUACACGAAAACGAGAAGAAGCGCCUAUAUGCAAGGAAAGUCCUCGGAAUGGAGCAAGGAACAUUUACGCCACUCGCAUUCACCACCACAGGUGGUAUGGGCAAAGAAUGUGUGAGAUACCAUAGUCGAUUGGCUGAGUUGGUAGCCAUGAAGAAAGGCGAAGGUUAUGCGACAACUAUGAGUUGGAUAAGAGCCAGAACCUCAUUCGCUUUAUUGAGAUCGACACUUACCUGCUUGAGGGGUUCAAGGGCAAGGAAAAUCAUGUACGAUAUUAAGAACAUUGAUUUCAACAUUGAGAACGCCGAGAGUGCUAUCUCUCAAACAUUUUAGAUUGUACAUAUACAAAGUUUAGUUGUUUAGUUAUUUAGCGGAAUAUGUUAGUUUAGUUAUUUAGCUACUUAGCGGUAAAUAUUUUAAUUAUGUAGCGGUAUAUGUUCCAGAGUUUGUUUUUAAAAUUUAACUGUACAUAUCAACAAACAUUUAGACACUUUUUUAAUUAUACCCAAAGAACAGAUUAUAUAAUAUAGUCAUUGAUAACAAAAGCAUUGUUGUAUAUAAUGAAAUGAUGAAUAAAGUUGUAAUUAUUAAAAAAUAUAUAUAUAUAUAUAUAUAUAUAUAUAUAUAUAUAUAUAUAUAUAUAUAUAUAUAUAUAUAUAUAUAUAUAUAUAUAUAUAUAUAUAUAUAUAUAUAUAUAUAUAUAUAUAUAUAUAUAUAUAUAUAUUAUUAUUAUUAUUAUUAUUAUUAUUAUUAUUAUUAUUAUGAUUAUUAUUAUUAUUAUUACCUAAAUUAGUGAGAUUUAUAAUUGUAUAUAUACGUAUACAAUUUCAAUAAAAUUUCCAUUAUUAUUAUUAUUAUUAUUAUUAUUAUUAUUAUUAUUAUUAUUAUUAUUAUUAUUAUUAUUAUUAUUAUUAUUAUAUAAUAUAAUAUGUUAUAAAAUAAAUAUGUUAUAAAAUAAAUAUGUUAUGUUAUAAUAUAAUAUGUUAUAUAAUAUGUUAUAUAUGUUAUAAUAUGUUAUAUAAUAUAAAAGUGUUUACUUAUUGUCUCCGGAAUGCUAUGUUCUCGUUCCUAACUGCUAAUAACUUUAUUGAACAUCAGAUUAAAAAAGGUUUCACUCCCAAUCUGUCUGGCACUCUGGAACACACUGCUCAAAUGACAAAUAUUAUCAACCAAGCGAGAAUAAAUCAGCGCUCUGUUGUCAUCACCCUUCUCGAUCUCAAGAAUGCUUUUGGUGAAGUGCAUCAUAAUCUAAUUCAAUCUGUCCUCGACUAUCAUCACAUUCCCAAAGACGUUAGUGAAAUAAUAAGGAGCUUGUAUACGGACUUCAAUACUGCAUUUAUAACAUCAGAAUUCUCCACCGCAUUUAUAACUGUCGGUCGUGGAGUUAUUCAAGGAGACUGUCUUAGUCCUCUGAUUUUUAAAAUGUGCAUCAAUACCUUUAUUCAACAUAUAACAACUGACAAAUAACGGCAAUUUGGUUUCAUUACAAAUCUUUUAAACCCAGUCCAUUGGUUUCAGUUUGCUGAUGAUGCUGCGGUAAUAAGCGGUCAAGAUUCAGAAAAUCAACAUCUUUUAAAUCGAUUCUCGAUCUGGUGCCAGUGGUCUAACAUGAUUGUCAGGGUUGAUAAGUGUUUAACAUUUGGGAUCAGGAAAAGUCUCACAAAAUCUAUCCAAUAUUUACCUAAACUUCUGAUUAACAAUGAAUUGAUACCUGCCACUAAAAUUGGAGAGUCGUUUCGAUGCUUGGGGAAAUAUUUUGACUUCAGUAUGUCCGAAAAAGAACACAAACAAGAGCUAAUCACUCUCAUGGACGACAUUAUGUCUGAAAUUGAUCUCAAACCUUUGCACCCAAAAAAUAAACUUUUGCUUUAUAGUCGUUACCUCCUAUCCAAACUUUCCUGGCAUUUCACUGUAACCACCUUAUCAAAAAUCUGGGUCUCUGAAAAUAUGGAUUCUGUUGUGAACAAGUACGUACGUAAAUGGCUUGAAAUACCUAUAUCAGGAACUCUAUCUAACGUCUACCUUACCAGUAACAAGUUUGGUCUAAAUAUCUACCCGCCGUCAAUUAAGUUUGUUCAGUGCCAAACAGUUGCUCGUAACGCCUUAAAGACCUCUCCAAAUCAUUCCAUAAAAGACCUCUGGAAAACAACAUCUGAAAGCAAAAACAUUCAGUACGACGUCUACACCUCGACAAAGGAAGUCCUUAAAACUUUUACCUCCGGACAAGAAGACAAACUGCAGAAUCAUUUGAUUUUGCAAGGCUCCUUCUUCUCAAAUGUCAUUAAGUUUUCACUGUCGAAAUUAAACGGUAUAUGGUCUAAAUCCCAAUCAAACCUCCCAAAGAACAUCUAUAACUUCACCAUUCGUUACAUUAAUAACUCACUUCCAACUCGUAAAAACCUUACUAAAUGGGGAAUAUUGUCCAACUCUGAUUGCUCCUUCUGCUUAAACCCUGAAACCCUUUUACACGUAGUUGCUGGAUGUCAAACGUACCUCCCACGAUUUACAUGGAGACAUGAUUCUGUUCUGAACUUCAUAGCACAAACGCUACAACCUGUAAACAACUCCACUCUUUUCGUCGAUCUUCCUGGUUAUAAAAGCCCAUCAAUUGUAACUGGUGACACAUUCCGCCCAGACCUACUUCUAUCUAUCAACUCGGAUUGUCUCUAUAUCCUUGAACUUUCUGUUGGCUAUGAGUCUAAUCUACAAACAAAUGUUGAUCGGAAAAGAAGAAGAUACGAAGAUCUCAUUACACAGCAAAAGAAACAAUUUAAGUCCGUAAAAUUUGUAAAUUUUUCAAUUAGUUCUUUAGGCGUUUUCUCAAAAGAUUGUCAUUCCUUUUUAGAUAUGUUAACUGAUCUAGGUCUUGAUAAAAGACACCAGUAUUUCGCUAUCAGGAAAAUUAUGUCUAUCGCGAUUAGGACAACAUAUUAUAUAUUUUGUUGCAGAGAUAAGGACUGGUUAAAUCCGGAAUUACUGAACAUUUAA